UUACUGCAUCAAUAUAUUAUAUGCAGUGUACUAAACCAUUGUAGUUAUUAGUUGUCUGCAGUUUAAUGUUGUGUUUCAAUUCCGUAAAUUUAACAAAAUAUCGGUUUUAUAUGAAAUCCACUACUCUCAACUUAUUUAUAGCGGAGAAUUGUUUGAUUAUUUAAUAUUGUUUACUGCUAUAUUUGCGGUAUUUUUGCAAUGAAGAUAAUAUGGAUUACUCCAUUAUUACUGAUCCAGAAUUACUGUAUAAAUGGUUUAAAUUUACAAGAAGAAUACAACCAAUAUUCAUUAUAUCAGAAGAGACCUUUAAGUCCUCGACCAUUGGAUACAAUGGCAGAUUUAACGAACGACCUUGGAAUAUGUGUUUUGCGAGUAAUAGCUGCUGGUGGUGCGAUUGGAAAUGUCGCAUUUUCUCCUUUUGGUUUAAUGGCAGUAUCGGUUCUACUUUAUGAAGGAUCAAGUGGAUAUUCUGCAUUACAAAUCAAACAAUCUCUUAAUUUACCUUGGGAAAUUCUUGCUGUUAGAAUCGGAGUUCGGGAUUUAAAUCGCUAUCUUAAAACAUAUUUUAAAAGUGAUGGUUUUUUGAAUGGCCUAACUAUGAGUAGAGAAGAAGUAUGUCUUCGGCCACAAUUUAAACGAGUACUUCGACUGUACGGUUUUGAUGAUCCAAAUAGUUUUCUUUUCGAUUCUUGCCCAGAAAGUUCUACGACAACGAUGCAACCACUACAAUCGAUGUCUAUUACUACACAUGGUACUGUAGUGACGGAAAUGACUCCAACUAGUCAAACAAUUCAAGUUUCAGCUAAUAUUACAAAUGAAUCAGCCAAUGAUACUUUAAUCGCGGCAACUGAACUUCCAGCUAAAGUAACUUAUAUUGGUGAUGCUAGUUUUACAAUAUCUAAUAUCGAUACAAACACCAAUUUACCGAUGAAUUCUCAGACGGACACGAUGAUCGUUGAUAUUGAUACACAACCUCAUACAAUGCCAUUAGAAUUUUCAACUAAUCAAGCAACUACAACAGUUUUUAUCAACGAACAAGAAUCUAAAUCAUCUAAUGAAAUUAAAGUGACCAGUACAAAACCAAAUGGGUCGUUAACGACUGAUAAAAUUAAUUUAAGCACUACACCCAUUACCUCCGACGAUCCUAUGACAGUAGCAGCUACAGUAACUCAAACGAACGUAGAUUUAACAAGUAUCGAAUUUAAUUCAUCAAUCAAUAAAAUUAUUGACACAACAAUUAAUAGUAAAUCGCAAACUAAUCCUACAGAGAUUUUUACAACUACGUGGUCGCAGCAUGAAAGUAAAACUGAUGGUCCGUCCUACACAACUAUUGCAGAUGUGUUUACAACUCAUACAAGUGUCAACGAUGAAAUUGUUUCACCGAGUAACUCUUAUGUUACGCAUUCUAAGAGUAACCCCGAUAUUACGACAUUUGGAUCAACAGAAAUCCCAUUCAAAACUACUGUUGAUAACGAACUUAUUGGUCUGUAUACUGCAAUGGAAAAUAAAUACCCUUUUCUUGGAAACACUGUGGAAGCUUUAAUGACCACAAACCAUGAAUUAAAAAUGGAUACAGAUGAAACGACUAAAAGCAUGGACGUCGGAAGUACAUCACAAAUUAUUUCGUCGACAAAUCCUAUAUCUAACGACGACAGCACCACUACGGAAAUUAUAACGAAUACUGUUUUAAAAAAAUCAACCGAUCAAACAAUGCCAUUUACAAAUCUCAAAUUAAAUAAUAAUCAAGUAACAACAGUUAGUGAUGAUUUAAUAUCCACAACAGAUAUUCAAUCGACUAUGGCGAAUUCAAGCAAAGGGACUGAAAAUGAAAUCAUUAGAGAAGCAGAGUCCAAUCAACAUUAUCAAAUAGCUGCUUUGGAAAAAAAGAGUGCGAGGUCUAUGGAAUCUAAUAGUAAUUUGCCUACUUUUAACGUAGAGUUCGUGGUACGAAAAGAAGAUAUACAAAAUAAUUGUAAUCAUACAGGAAAAAGAACCAUUAUCAAACCUGAUAGGAUUUUGACGGAAUACCCAUCAAAUUCGGGCGUUUCAAUUACACUUAGAGGAUCAAAAGAGCGUAGAAGAAGACAUUUGAAUCAGUAUCAAGGAUACAAUACAAACCGAAACCAAUGGUUUAAUGGUUACAAGACUUAUGGACCUACAUCAGGCUGGAUGGACAGAUCAUCAAAUCCAUUUGAGUCCAUUAAUUUAUUCAAUUCUGGGUAUCAACGUAUUCCAUUUUUUACGUAUACAGCAGUAUUGCCUUUUGGAUUUAUUUACGAGCUAAAGUCACAAGUUAUUGAGAUACCUUUAGAUGAUCCUAAGUACACGUUGAUGAUACUUAUGCCGAACCAUCCAAAUGGUCUAUCUGAGCUGUUAUUGCUGUUGCCGUCCAUGUCUUUGCGCAACAUACACAAUUCUCUCAAACCGACGGCCAUUCACGUGACUGUGCCCACAUUCAGAUAUACGGCCAAAGUGGAUUUAACUUCAGCUUUACAACAGAUUGGCAUCCAUGACGUGUUCUAUAGAUACAGGGCAGACCUUUCCUUUAUGUCACCGGACGCUCGGUUGUUUGUUAGUUCGGUUCAGCAAGUGGUGUCCGUGACGGUAAAAAAAUACAACACCCCACCGGUUUAUGAAAUCCAACGCAAAUACGUAGAACACGAAUUUGUAGUGUCAAAACCGUUUGUUUAUUUUGUGAUGGACCAACACACCAAAGUUAGUCUUAUAGCUGGAGUUAUAACCGACCCACUAGCAUCACCAAUUUGGAUUUGAUAUGAACAGAAUUACAGAUGUUUUAU